UGGGGAACGAUCCAAUAGCAUGCCCGUCUUCAGGGAGCAGGAUCGAACCUUGUUUCUGGAGGACAUCUGCGCAUCCGUCGGCUGUCCCAGGUGCGUCCAGACUGAGCCUCAAACUGAGAACCUCAGGCCGUGUCCCACCAUGCAGGCCAUGGUGCGCUCACUGGUGCCCUACAUCCAGAGGUUCCUCUACCACCACGAGGAGCUGGCUGACGUCUACUCCGAGCUGCUGCACGACGACAUCGGAGCGAAAGUCAAGCGGCUCUACUUUGGACAGGUAGGAAAGCUGUACAUUCGUUACCAGCUGGAUGUCACAGACAGUGAAGAUGCUGUGGUGGAGCUGCAGGAUGUGAUCUGUCUGCUGAAGGACAAGAAGGAGCUCUACAUCCAGAAAGAUCACCUUUCAGCAAAGCUUGACAUCUGCAGAGAGCUGGUGACACUGUUCUGCACAGAAAAUCACCACAGGAAAGAGCUAAUGCACUUCCUGAGUGGCCUGAUAACGUCACUCAAUGAUUCUGUAGCGCUGAAGAGAUUCUUGCAAAAGGAGGACAUCCGAGAACUGCCCAGUGUGGAGGAGAAGUGGGAGGUUCCAGAGCCAAAACAAGAGGUGUUCCUGGAGAGAGUUUUAUCUAGCAGUCACGCCUCCGCCAGCUCCGUCACAGAGCCACCAAAGCCUGCACGAGCGGACGGAGCAGAAACUCUGGCUUGUUGGCCUCCACGAGCAUCUAUACAGAAUACAGGAGCCAGUCCAUCAGAAUCAGCGAAGCAUCACAUUCGGAAGGAGCCUGACAGAGCAGAAGGUGGCCAAGAAAACCUGAGCGCUCACAAGCCAACCCAGAAUCCUCCACCUGCACACCACGCCAAGACAAACGACAACCAGUCUGUUCUGAAUGAGCAUAACGUCGUACCUACAGCCACUGUGAUUCCCAGCAGGAUUCAGGAGUCUGAAGUCCUAGAUGAGGCUCAGCCCCGUCCUCCAAUGAACCUGGACAUUCCUUUCUGGAACAAAGCCGACUCGCCACAGGCCAUGCUGGAGGACAUCAGGCUCACCUGCCAGCGACCUACAACUGUGGUGUUCCAUGAUGACCAGGGGGACGUGAGGGCGAUUGGCACAUGGGGAGAGCAGCUGGUCAACUCGUUCCUGUGCCAGUGGAAGGACAGCAACGACCCCGGUCGACCCAUGCACAUUCUGUGGUGCAACCAGAACGGAGAAACCGGCGAGCCCUAUGACUUCAAGCUCACGUUCGGCGGCGCAGACGGGGAGCUGUCUACGGUGUACGUGGAAGUGAAGGCGACUGUGAAGAAAGAGAAGGCGUUCAUUCACCUCUCCCUCAACGAGCUGAACUUUGCACUGAAAAAGAAAGAGUGCUACCACAUACUCAGAGUGUACAGCGCGGGCGAUGCCAAAAACGUGCGCCUGUCUCGCAUUCAAAACGUGGAGCAGCACCUCCGCACCAAAAACCUGAAGUUGUAUCUUUUCAUUUAAGUCUUAUGCCAGCUGCACAUUUUUUACACAUCACAAAAAUGUUUUAAAAUCAAUUUUAUGCCUU